UAAUCUGUGUUUUUCGUCGCGCGUCUCAUUUACGUCCUCCAUAUUGAUAAUUGUAUUUUCGUCGCAGUUAUUCUUCUUAUAACUACGCUUUUAUUUCAUAUUUGUCUUCGAUUUAAAUUUAGACAAUAAAUCUUGACUUCGUGUAUUUUUACAUCUUUGACAAAUGGCUAAUCGGAGACCUCAGACCGGCGGUCGGCGCAUGGAUUUCGGCCGUAAUGAUCGUGGCAAGAAUUUUGGCCGAAGCGGUGUUUCGCCAUGGCAAGGCGGAGGCCCGGGUGGUGGUCUUCCAAAUUUGCUGCCUCUCGCAGGUGGUUCUACUGAAGCUACGCUUGCGUUGGCCAGCAACAUCAUUAAUCUCCUCCAACCCCGUCAAAACCCUGUCCCGUCACUAUUAGACAUGCCCAUAAGACGGGACUUUGGUCCUAAUAUGGGUCGGUUUGAUCGUGGUUAUGGACCUAAUAGGAUGGGCAAUCAGGGUAAUUUCCGGCGUACGGGAAAUUACAAUCGCGCUGGUGAGCGUAUCAACACCAAUCGUAAACCGUUCAGGCCCAAUGAUGGGCAAAGGCAACAAAACAAGAGCUUCCCGAAAAAGGAUGCCGAUUCUAAGGCUAAACCUGUCAAGGAGAGUGAACAAGAAGAUAAUGCCGAGGGGACCAAUAAUGAUCAAAACCAGGGCAAAGAAGAGGAGAUCAAAAAGGAUGUCCCCAAAACUCGAUAUGAUGACAUCAACCCCCAAUUGCUGAAAUGUCAUAUCUGUAAUAAGAGUAUGUGGGAUGGAAGAUCAUUUGAGAACCACCUGAGCGGAAGAGCUCACGCUAUUAUGAUGCAGAAAACAGCUGAGAGUUAUGCAUUGACCGCAGAUACUAUGAGACAAGAGUUCAAGAUCCGCGACAUGAAACGUACACGCAAGACUGGUCAGCAACCACCUCGCGACUUCUACUGUGCUAUGUGCGAUAUGUACGCGGCAGAUGGCGCGAUACACCGCACCACCGUUGGACAUCGUAAACUGAAAAAGUACCUCCACCCAACCUGCACGUCCUGUCACAAGGAGAUGCCUACUCGGCUAGAGCUUGACGAGCACCGAUUGACUGCUGAGCAUCUGAAGAACAUGCAGGAUAAACAGGAGAUCAUGUCUAAACCCAAACCCGAGGUAAUGGUCAUCUCGACGCUGUCAAUGGAGCAAUUGUACUUGCGUGAGGAUCGUCAACGCUGGCGUCGCGGCGAUGGGCUCUCCGACGAUAAACAAGUGAAGAAAACUGAAGAGAAUAAGAAUGGGGACACCCAGGAGGAUACUGAAGUCAAUAAAGAUGGAACAGAAGAGGAUCAGCAAAAUGUAGAGGCGAAAAAAGAAGAAAAUCUGGAUGCUGAAAAUACUAUACUGGAUUAUAAUGAGGGUGAUGAUCUGAGCAACGCAACUCUGGAGAUGUUCCCAGCUUAUAGCACGGAGCGCGGCGUGGGCCGGUCGUUCCUGACGGAGCUCCGGUGCGUGCAGUGCCGCCUGUGCCGCAAGUUGCUGGACAGUGAGGAGACUGCUGACGUACACCUGCGCACCUGGCGCCACCACCAGCUCUUCCUGCGUCUUCUCACUGAAAAGUCCGGCAACCAGAUGCAGCAAACCCAGGACACCGUAAAGAGACCUAUGAACAGCGAGGAGUCCGGAAACUGGAAGCGACGUAAGACCACGCCCGAUGAUGAGCAGAACGAGGACGAAAUUGAAAACGGACACCGUGAGACUAUAAAAGAAGAGCCAGAGAACUCUGUCAUGGUUGACAAUACUAUACCAGAGGACUUGGAGGACUGGGAGCGCUCUGUUGACGAGAUUCUGCAGGAUGAAUGUAGUGUUGAAAAUGAUAAGACUUCUGUGAAGCAGGAGCAGGAGACGGAACCGACCCCAGAAGUGAAAGCCGAACCAGAACCAGAACCAGAAAAGGUAGUUAAGGAGGAAAAAGAGUCUUCUCCAGUCAAGGAAGAGGCUCCCACCGUUCCCGCGACACCUCGGACCCCACGUGCAACCCGCGGAAGGGGCAGAGGCCGCGGCCGUGGACGAUUCUAGUUGCGCACCUUCCCAUUCGCCAAUAUAUUCUAAUGCACUUCCCCAUUUUCAUAUUUGUCCAAUUUAUAGUACAGCCUUAAAGACGACGUUUAAUGUUAUUAAUUUUCCAUCAAAAUAUUUUCAUCUGUGGAUAUAAUCAAGAAUACCAAUUUUAUUUUAAGUUUAAACUUUUAUGUAUGAUAUGUGACUAGUGGUUUCUAAUCUCCAUAAUAUUUAAUACAUAUUAAUGUAAUCCCCAUACUUGUAUGUAUGGAGAUUGGUCAACUUAUUAUUUUAUUUUGAUAUUAUAUAAAACAUUUACCUUCAUAGAUAAAGGCAUAAUGUAAUAAGAAUAAAAUAGUUUUCAUGUAAAACAAAGUGAAUUUUAUUUAUAAGUGCAGCGAGUUGACAAAAUUUAUAAAUUAUAUAAUUAAUAAAAAUACGUUUUUCAUAAAGGAACGAUUGAAAUGGGAAUCAUAUUUUUUUCCUCUCUCUCUUUUUCUUUUCAUUUAAGAGUUUCCUCUGGUUGGUGCAACUAAUUUAUGCAUCUUCUUUCAGCCAGCUCUAUCCCAGGCCAUAUCCUUGACCUCCCUAUACGACAUGACACCUAGUGUUUCUUUUAUCUGUCCCAUGUAGUUAUUCCUCGGUCUUCCUCUUCCUCUUUUGCCCUCUAUUUUUCCUUCUACUAUGCUCCUAAAAAAUCGCCAUGUCGUAUAAGGUGACUCAGCAUUUUGCCUCUUCUAUUCUCUACUAUUUUAAUUAAUGUUCUUUUCUUUAAUGUUUUUUUCCGCAUAUGUAUGUGGAAAUUACUACAACUUGAACCUUAUAUUUUAAGAUGUUGUUUCUCAUCUGUACUUUUAAUACUUAAUAUUUUGAGUAUUAUAAUAGCCACCUCUAUAUGCUUUAUCUCCUGAUCUGGGGAAACAAAAUAACCUCUUUCUGAGCAGGUGGAAUGUAAACCAAUAUAAUAGGUGUAUCCUAAGUAAAUAAAUCUAAUACUGAUUCUAUAUAAUAAUUUGAUAUUGAGUAAUAAAUUAAAAAUAUGUUAAGUGCAUGUUAAGUAGACAAAAUAAUUUCACUUUGUUUUAAAUUAAAAAAAAAUGUCUAGGAUAGAAUAAUAUAAACGUAGAUGACUUUUAGCAUUACGGUGUAGGGACGUUAUACCAAAAUGAGGUGUACCGGUUAACUGAACUGAUACUUAAAAAGACUGUACGGUUGGUCGCUAAGAAAAGGAUAAGAACUAUAAUAGUCACUCAUUCAUAACUGAUUCCAGAUUGGAAAUACGAGUGAUCUAUAUUUCGCCAAUUUUUAAUCAUUGACUUGAUUCUGAAACCCUAUUAUCUUGAGCUACCACUAAAAUUAAUAUUUUAGUUAAAUAGUUUAGUAGAAGCGUGUUUACAUACCAACAUGACCCUAUUGAUAGUAAAAAAUUCUUUUGUAAAAAUUUAAAUGAUAGUUUUAGAAUGCGACUAACGAUAUAUCUGAUUUAACGUCAUUGUCUCUCCAUCUGCUUUUAUACCGUGCCACUCAAUUACCAACUGUUUUAUUUAUCGUAAUUACAAUUAUUAAUUAAUAUUAGAUUCGUAAAAUUGAUUAGGCUGUAGUCGUAUAGCAAAAUAAACUACUUUGCUACAUUGUUGCUAAAUAAUCCAUUCUUCAUAGAAAUUACUGAUUAUUUAUACAUUUCGUUAUUUAUAACUGAUAAACUAAUGAGCUAUAUUAAAAGAAAAAAUAAAUAUGCUUAUGACAUGAGAGAAAAUUUGUAUAUGUGGCACAAUAUGUAAGUUUAUCCAAUUUAGCCAUUUAAAAAUAAAACAUACAAAAAGGCAAAUCACUUUUAUUUCGGUAAAUAGUCAUGUCAUUUUGGCAUCUCAAAAUAAAAAUGUAAUUUAAAUCUAUUACUUUAUGUUUUAUGGUGUUUAUUUAUUAUCAUUCUACAUUAUAACAUCGGAAAAUUUAUUGAAUAGUUGUGCUAGAAUUGUUUACAAUUUUAAUCGAUAUGAAACCAUUGUAGUGGUAAUAAAAAAAGGAUUAACGUUUUCUUUAUUUCACAUAUACUUUAGAUUUAGAUUAUAAUUAUAGAUAGAACUUCGAGCCUCAAAAACGGGGCAAUUUUUUGUCAAAUUAGUUGACUAAUUUUUUUAUUAAUUUUAUACAUAUAUACUUACGCACACAGUGUAUUUUGAAAAGUGCAGAAUUUAUGAGACAAAAUAAUAUAGAAAUUAAAGGAAUCACUUAGAACUCUAUCACGCUAAAUUGUAAUAAUAUGUUGACCUGUUUUUCUCGAAGUAUUUGUAUGGAGACACUAUAUCUAUAUAAUCUAAAACUUUAGGUCAAUUAAAUUAUAAAAUCGAUAAUUUAAAUUAAUUAUUUAAUUUCAACUGUUUAUAAUUACUCCUCUCAAAAAGAUAGGAUGCCUAAAAGAAGGUAGCCUGAAAGGGUCCGCUUUUAGCAAUAAGUUCACCCAUUACUUUCCCACUAAUUGAUUGUAUCUAUAAUAAGUUUACUAUUGUAAUCCUUUGGAGGAAACAAUAAAGAAUAUCUAUAUAUCUAUCAUUUACAAGACUUAAUAAAGUAUUGUAUAUGUAUUUAAAUAUUUUACGAACAAUGGUUAAAACUUAUAUAGAACUUAUACCUCGAAUCUCAAAAAGGGGUCAACUUUUUGUAACCAAUCAUCAGUUAAGUGACUCGUUUUCUACAUAUUUACCGUAGAUACACUUGCUACGUAUCUUGGCGUAUCUAUAUUUAAUUGAAAUAAGUUUUUGCGCAAUAAAAAGAAGCAAAAAUUAAAGGAUAAAAAAUAGAACUAAUUAAGGAAUCACUCAUAAUCGGUAAAUAUUUUCAAUUUUAAGCAUUAAUACAACAAAUAUAAAAAUUUCUUUAAAAAAAACUCGCGCCAUUUUUUUUUGUAAAUAUCCGAUAACAAUCUCCACAACUGAAUUAAAAUUACCGAAAUGCGGUGGAUUUUUUUAAUAACAAUUGUUUUUAUUAUUUUAUUUAAAGUAAUAUGUUAUUAUUUCUAUAAGAAUUAACAAAAUAAAGUUAAAAUUUCAAUUAAUUCUAAAACUAAUACAGAUUUUAAAUAUACAAAGAUUCUGAGAUAUUGGUAUUUAAAGGAAUCGGCUAAGUAAAAAAAAAAAAUUGUUAAAGCUAUUGCUUUAAAGAAUUGUGAAGCUCGUGUCUACCGCAUUCUUAUUAUUUAUCUACGCAUUUUCCUCCAAGUUAAAUAUGUAUUAUUUAUUGAUUAUUUAAUCCUAAUUAUAUUUAUGUUAUGACUUACCUAUUUAAUAAUCAGAUAACUUUGUUUUGUACACAAUUGUAUGAAAAAGUUGACCCGCUUUUUUCGAAGCGUUUUUACGAAGACUAUCUAAUAAUCUAAGGAUUACAGAUGUCUUUUUUUUAAAUAUUGAAUUUUAAUUGAUUAGAAAAUCACGUAUAUUAUUAUUUCAUCUUUCUUCAAAAAUAAAGAAAUAGAAUAAUAGAUUUCAUCUUAAGUAUGUAAUAUCUGAUAAUUUAAGAUAUAAUUCAUUACUUUACCUACCUAUAGAACUAAUAUUUGUCACAAGUGAAUCAAAUAAAGGUUUUAAAUUC